AUCAUUAGUCAGUCGCUCAUUCUGACACAAGAGAGACCAGCAGAGAAAAUGCACACCAACACAGCAGUGAUGAGAAGCCUGGCCAUCAUCGUAAUCAUUGCUUUUACCGCCUGGACCAUAACGGAUGCACAGAAGAUUAACCCCUGCUGUGUCAAGGUCUGCACAGCAAAGGUGAAGGAGCCCAUCAUAGGAUACACAUUACAAAGGGAGAAUCUAUCAUGCAUCAGAGCUGUCGUCUUUCAGACUGAGAGCGGAUUUUUCUGUAUUGAUCCACAACAGCCCUGGGUAAAGGAAAAAGUUAUGGAGCUUAGGCUUGCUCAAAAGAACAAACUGUCACCAUCCUCACCUUCCUCACCAUCCUCAUCCUCCCCAAGCCGUCCUGUGUCACCAUGUCUGAUCACCUCAACUGUUAGAGAUGCACAGAAGAUUAACCCCUGCUGUGUCAAGGUCUCCACAGCAAAGGUGAAGGAGCCCAUCAUAGGAUACACAUUACAAAGGGAGAAUCUACCAUGCAUCAGAGCUGUCGUCUUUCAGACUGAGAGCGGAUUUUUCUGUAUUGAUCCACAACAGCCCUGGGUAAAGGAAAAAGUUAUGGAGCUUAGGCUUGCUCAAAAGAACAAACUGUCACCAUCCUCACCUUCCUCACCAUCCUCAUCCUCCCCAAGCCGUCCUGUGUCACCACGUCUGAUCACCUCAACUGUUAGAGAUGCACAGAAGAUUAACCCCUGCUGUGUCAAGGUCUCCACAGCAAAGGUGAAGGAGCCCAUCAUAGGAUACACAUUACAAAGGGAGAAUCUACCAUGCAUCAGAGCUGUCGUCUUUCAGACUGAGAGCGGAUUUUUCUGUAUUGAUCCACAACAGCCCUGGGUAAAGGAAAAAGUUAUGCAGCUUAGGCUUGCUCAAAAGAACAAACUGUCACCAUCCUCACCUUCCUCACCAUCCUCAUCCUCCCCAAGCCGUCCUGUGUCACCACGUCUGAUCACCUCAACUGUUAGAGGUUAAAUUCUCAAAAAAUCAGCAGCCAGCGACAGCCAAUAACUGGUCUCCACCUAAAUUUUUGUGAAUGAUGCAGCGAUUUUAAAAGUGUACAUUUAAAUGGUACAUAUACAAUAUUUACAGGGAAUUUUAGGAAUUAAUUUAU